AUGGUCCCCCCCCAUAGGACGCCGUUUAAGCCCAGUUUCGAUCAAUUCACCUAUGUUCCGCUAAUCCUACUGGAAUUUCUCUUGCAACAAUGUAAUCCUCAGGCCGUGACUAUCCUCUGGACAAACAAUGGUCCUCAUAGGACCCCGUUUAAGCCCAGUUUUGAUCAAUUCACCUAUGUUCCGCUAAUCCUCCUGGAAUUUCUCUUGCAUCAAUGUUAUCCUCAGGCCGUGACUAUCCUCUGGACAAAGAAUCAGCGUGCACGUUGGAAUCCGUUUCAGACCAGUUUCGAUCAAUUCACCUAUGUUCCGCUAAUCCUACUGGAAUUUCUCUUGCACCAAUGUAAUCCUCAGGCCGUGACUAUCCUCUGGACAAAGAAUCAGCGUGCCCGUUGGAAUCCGUUUCAGCCCACUUUCGAUCAAUUCACCUAUGUUCCGCUAAUCAUACUGGAAUUUCUCUUGCACCAAUGUAAUCCUCAGGCCGUGACUAUCUUCUGGACAAACAAUGGUCCCCAUAGGACGCCGUUUAAGCCCAGUUUUGAUCAAUUCACCUAUGUUCCGCUAAUCCUCCUGGAAUUUCUCUUGCAUCAAUGUUAUCCUCAGGCCGUGACUAUCCUCUGGACAAAGAAUCAGCGUGCACGUAGGAAUCCGUUUCAGACCAGUUUCGAUCAAUUCACCUAUGUUCCGCUAAUCCUACUGGAAUUGAUCUUGCACCAAUGUAAUCCUCAGGCCGUGACUAUCCUCUGGACAAAGAAUCAGCGUGCCCGUUGGAAUCCGUUUCAGCCCAGUUUCGAUCAAUUCACCUAUGUUCCGCUAAUCCUACUGGAAUUUCUCUUGCACCAAUGUAAUCCUCAGGCCGUGACUAUCCUCUGGACAAACAAUGGUCCCCAUAGGACGCCGUUUAAACCUAGUUUCGAUCAAUUCACCUAUGUUCCGCUAAUCAUACUGGAAUUUCUCUUGCACCAAUGUAAUCCUCAGGCCGUGACUAUCCUCUGGACAAACAAUGGUCCCCAUAGGACGCCGUUUAAGCCCAGUUUUGAUCAAUUCACCUAUGUUCCGCUAAUCCUCCUGGAAUUUCUCUUGCAUCAAUGUUAUCCUCAGGCCGUGACUAUCCUCUGGACAAAGAAUCAGCGUGCACGUUGGAAUCCGUUUCAGACCAGUUUCGAUCAAUUCACCUAUGUUCCGCUAAUCCUACUGGAAUUUCUCUUGCACCAAUGUAAUCCUCAGGCCGUGACUAUCCUCUGGACAAAGAAUCAGCGUGCCCGUUGGAAUCCGUUUCAGCCCAGUUUCGAUCAAUUCACCUAUGUUCCGCUAAUCCUACUGGAAUUUAUCUUGCACCAAUGUAAUCCUCAGGCCGUGACUAUCCUCUGGACAAACAAUGGCCGUGACUAUCCUCUGGACAAACAAUGGUCCCCCCCCCAUAGAACGCCGUUUCAGCCCAGUUUCGAUCAAUUCACCUAUGUUCCGCUAAUCCUACUGGAACUUAUCUUGCACCAAUGUAAUCCUCAGGCCGUGACUAUCCUCUGGACAAAGAAUCAGCGUGCACGUUGGAAUCCGUUUCAGACCAGUUUCGAUCAAUUCACCUAUGUUCCGCUAAUCCUACUGGAACUUAUCUUGCACCAAUGUAAUCCUCAGGCCGUGACUAUCCUCUGGACAAACAAUGGUCCCCAUAGGACGCCGUUUCAGCCCAGUUUCGAUCAAUUCACCUAUGUUCCGCUAAUCCUACUGGAAUUGAUCUUGCACCAAUGUAAUCCUCAGGCCGUGACUAUCCUCUGGACAAACAAUGGUCCCCCCUCCCAUAGGACGCCGUUUAAGCCCAGUUUCGAUCAAUUCACCUAUGUUCCGCUAAUCAUACUGGAACUUAUCUUGCACCAAUGUAAUCCUCAGGCCGUGACUAUCCUCUGGACAAAGAAUCAGCGUGCACGUAGGAAUCCGUUUAAGCCCAGUUUCGAUCAAUUCACCUAUGUUCCGCUAAUCCUACUGGAAUUUCUCUUGCACCAAUGUAAUCCUCAGGCCGUGACUAUCCUCUGGACAAACAAUGGUACCCCCCCCUCCCAUAGGACGCCGUUUAAGCCCACUUUCGAUCAAUUCACCUAUGUUCCGCUAAUCCUACUGGAAUUUCUCUUGCACCAAUGUAAUCAUCAGGCCGUGACUAUCCUCUGGACAAAGAAUCAGCGUGCCCGUUGGAAUCCGUUUCAGCCCAGUUUCGAUCAAUUCACCUAUGUUCCGCUAAUCCUACUGGAAUUUCUCUUGCACCAAUGUAAUCCUCAGGCCGUGACUAUCCUCUGGACAAAGAAUCAGCGUGCCCGUUGGAAUCCGUUUCAGCCCAGUUUCGAUCAAUUCACCUAUGUUCCGCUAAUCCUACUGGAAUUUCUCUUGCACCAAUGUAAUCCUCAGGCCGUGACUAUCCUCUGGACAAACAAUGGUCCCUCCCCCAUAGGACGCCGUUUAAGCCUAGUUUCGAUCAAUUCACCUAUGUUCCGCUAA